CAAACUGUCAAUUUAAUUAGGUUAUGUUUUGACGUUUAUACACAAACGUUAAAAACGGAAGAAAAUGUCGUCAGAGUCCGAAGAAGAGAAUUUCUGCUUCCUAGGCAAACCCCUGCAACCCUACGAUGAAGACGCUUUUCCGAAGAAAAAACCGAUAACGAUUGAAGAACAGGUGGCUACUGAUGAGCAUGGUAGGCGUAGGUUUCAUGGCGCCUUCACUGGAGGUUUUUCCGCUGGUUUUUACAAUACCGUGGGGUCCCUGGAAGGUUGGACCCCUUCAGAGUUUAAAAGUACACGGCAGGAUAAGGCUCAGAAUCUAAGACAAAGACCUGAGGAUUUUAUGGAUGAUGAGGAUAUUGGGGAGUAUGGGAUUGCCCCGCAGACCGUAAAGGCUACUAAAGAGUAUAAUACUAGUAAGAAACGGCAUAGGAAGGCAUUUGCUGAUGGUCCUAUACCUGGAGAGCCAGUUCUGCACACUUUACUGACCAGUGGUAAUGAAACUGUGGGGUAUUUGUUGCUGAAAAACAUCGGAGUACAAGAUAAAAUAAGCAUAAACAGUACUGAACAACAAGGUGAAUCAUUGAGGACUUAUGGUUGUGAAAUACCAAAAACGGUUGAAAUAUCUACAGCAAAAACUAAACAAUACGAAAUUCCAGCAAUUUAUAGGGAGUUUUUAACCACCCCAAAAGCUAACUCCUUUGGAUUGGGCUACACAGGUUUGGACAGAUCGCAUAUAAACUUGUUUCAAAGUUCGAAUUUGGUUAUUAGAGGUAAAAAUAACGAAAAAAUGACCAUAAGUGGUAGAGCGUUUGGGGUUGGGGCUUUUGAGGAGGAGGACGAGGAUAUUUACAUGAAGGAAGAUAUGAGCAAGUACGAUUUUGAAUUAACGCGCGAAAAAAAGAAGUUAAAGGAUACUUCCGGCGCCGCCAACUUAAUCUUUGAUUUGUUUGUUAAGUCCAAAACGCCACUGGUGGUCAAAAAAGUGUACCCUCCACCCUCAAUACCUCAUAGUUUCACAGGAAAACAUAAAGUUAAAAAAUCAAGGUUCGAGCCCAUCGUUGAAGAAACACCAAGCACUUCAAGAAAAGAUAUAACACCUGCAGUUAGAGCUAAAUAUUUGGGUGAACCUGAAAACGAAUCGGUCACAGAAUCGCAACCAAUUCUGCCGACGCAACAGGUUGUAAAACCCAAAAAACCGGAACCGAAAAAGGAGGAGCCUAAAUCAAAACCCGAUCUAGCCACAUCCUUGAUGUUUGAUAGGUUCGUAUCGGCGAGUAAACCGGAGAACGCCUCCGAUAUUUUAGCGCCUGUGGAAAGAUCCGAAACAACGCACGGUACGGAAGAAAUGCGGGGUGCCGCACGCAUGAAAAUGUUCGGUCCUUUGACCAGGAUAACAAGCGAUUUUUAUCCUUGCCCUUUACUCUGUAAAAGAUUUAAUGUUCCUGAGCCACUUUUAGACAAGUCUGAACUGCAAAGAGACAGAAAACGUACAAAAAACCUCAUCUUCGAGUACCAAAAACACGCGGAAAGCAACGCCGAUUUAAAACCGGGAGUUUCAAUGAUGAAGCAAGAUCCUGAAACACCUGAAAUUGAAGAAGCAGACACAAACCAAAAACAAAACGACGAAGAAGCCGUUAAAGAGGAAGAUGCACCUCCAAUUGAAGACCCUCCAAAAGAUAUAACCGACAAACUGGAUGUGGACAAAAACAUCGACCUAUUUAAAGCGGUAUUUUUGAGCAGCAGCGAGUCGGAGAGUGAUGAAGAGGACUCGAAGGAAGAAGGAAAGAAAAAGGAGGAAGAAAUGAAGGCCAACGUUCUGUCGGAGGAAUUUUUGCCGAAGAUUAAGCCGCUGAAAGAAGGGAUCCUCUCCAAUGUUCCGAAGUUCAUUUUUAGCAAACCAAGGGAGAAAGUUGAAGAGAAACCGGCUAAAGAAGGUGAUGAUGAUUUGUAUGGGCCUAAAAUUCCUGCAAAAUUAGAACAUGUCGAGAAAAGUGUUGUUGUGGAAUCUUCUGGUGAUGAAGAUCAAUGGAUUGAGAAGGAUUGCAAGGAGAAGAAAAAGAAGAGUGAACCUGAAAACGAAUCGGUCACAGAAUCACAACCAAUCCUACCGACGCAACAAGUUAUAAAACCCAAAAAACCGGAACCGAAAAAGGAGGAGCCAAAAUCAAAACCAGAUCUAGCCACAUCCUUGAUGUUUGAUAGGUUCGUAUCGGCGAGUAAACCGGAGAACGCCUCCGAUAUUUUGGCGCCUGUGGAAAGAUCCGAAACAACGCAUGGUACGGAAGAAAUGCGGGGUGCCGCACGCAUGAAAAUGUUCGGUCCUUUGACCAGGAUAACAAGCGAUUUUUAUCCUUGCCCUUUACUGUGUAAAAGAUUCAAUGUUCCUGAGCCACUUUUAGACAAAUCUGAACUGCAAAGAGACAGAAAACGUACAAAAAACCUCAUCUUCGAGUACCAAAAACACGCGGAAAACAACGCCGAUUUAAAACCGGGAGUUUCAAUGAUGAAGCAAGAUCCUGAAACACCUGAAAUUGAAGAAUCAGACACAAACCAAAAACAAAACGACGAAGAAGCCGUUAAAGAGGAAGAUGCACCUCCAAUUGAAGACCCUCCAAAAGAUAUAACCGACAAACUGGAUGUGGACAAAAACAUCGACCUAUUUAAAGCGGUAUUUUUGAGCAGCAGCGAGUCGGAGAGUGAUGAAGAGGACUCGAAGGAAGAAGGAAAGAAAAAGGAGGAAGAAAUGAAGGCCAACGUUCUCAAACCAAGGGAGAAAGUUGAGGAGAAACCGGCUAAAGAAGGUGAUGAUGAUUUGUAUGGGCCUAAAAUUCCUGCAAAAUUAGAACAUGUCGAGAAAAGUGUUGUUGUGGAGUCUUCUGGUGAUGAAGAUCAAUGGAUUGAGAAGGGUUGCAAGGAGAAGAAAAAGAAGAGUAAGCAUAAAAAGGAGAGGAAACAUAAGAAAGACAAGGAGAAGCAUAAGAAAAAGCACAAGAAGGAUAAACAUUGA